CAAACCCUUCUCCGCUUCUCCGCCGUCCGGCCUAAACCCCGCCGCCGAAAUGCUCCUCCGCCCCCUCCUCCGCCGCGCCGCCGCCGCGGCAUCCUCCGGCGGCGCUCGCGCCACCGCGCUCCCCGACCCGCCCGCCGCGCUCGCCUCCCUCCUCCUCGCCUCCCGGUCCUACGCGAAGGCCAAGGGCGGGGCCAAGCCGGCGUCGUCCACGUCCAACCGCGGCAAGGUCCGCGCCAAGGACCCGCGGGGCGGGGCGUCGGCGGACGACGCUGAUGGGGACGAGUUCGCCGCCGGGGGCGCGGGCGACGACCUCGACGCCGAGUUCGAGCUGCCCACAGACCCGCUGCCCCCGACCUAUGACCCGGCGCUCGACGUCGGCCCAGGCGGCCGCCCGCUCUUCGCCUUCACCGACACGUUCGGGUCGUUCGCGCACCGCAACGCCAACGUCUAUGUCGACUUCACUUUGGAUGAAUGGAAUGCCAUGUUACCAGAAGGGUUGCCAGCAGGGAUGAUGAAGGAGUUUCAGGAGACAAGACGGUGUGCUGUAAUGGUGAGGAAGAGCUUCCUAGAUCUCCGGGAUAACUUCCGUAGGAUUGUUGAUCCGGCCGUUACAAUCAAUCUCAAAGAUAUCAAAAAACAAAUAGUCUUGGAUGGCCCACGGAGUUGUGGUAAAAGCAUUGCACUUGCGAUGCUUGUCCACUGGGCACGUACUGAAGGAUGGCUGGUAUUCUAUGUUCCACAAGGCAAGGAUUGGACUCAUGGAGGAUUCUUCUAUAGAAACACAUACAGUGAUUUUUUUGAUACACCAAUACAAGCUGCCAAGAUCUUGCAGGAUUUCUUGAAGUACAACGAAACACGCUUACUACAAUUACCAUGUCAAAUUUUCGAGCCUAUCCCCCUGGGAGAAGGUGCUGGUGUUGGAAAGAUGAAAGGGGCUGACACAGUGGAAAUGCCUGAAGGGUCCACAUUGUAUGAUCUCAUUCAAACUGGGAUAACCCACACGCAUGCUUCUGUUGGUGUUGUAGUUCGCUUAAGGAAGGAACUAUCCCUUGUUAAAGACGUGCCUGUAUUGUUUGCAAUUGAUCAGUACAAUAGUUGGUUUACAUUCAGUGACUUUCAGGAGCCCGUAACUGUUAGAUCUUGUCGACCAAUCCAUGCGAAGGAGCUUACAAUGGUCAAUGCUUAUAGGUCAAUGUUGCACAAUGAUAUGAUGGUAGGAGCCUUUUCACACUCAACAGCUGUUGGCAAACUACGGCAGGAUCUUCCAGAUGUUCCUUCUGACGCUCGUUUGAUGUUUCCACGUUACACCUUAGAAGAAGCUGAGACUGUGUGUCACUAUUAUAUGAGGCAAAAGAUCAUUCGGCGUGAGAGUUUUUCAGAAGAGAAGUGGAAAAAGAUCUAUUAUUUAUCAAAUGGAAACGGCUCAGAGAUGAGAUGGCUUGCUGCCUUUGUUUGAGCUUCUCGUGCCCAGAUUAUGUUCAGUUUUGAUGGCGGUCAAGAAAGAUUGCCACUUCUAUUUCAGCAUGCCGUCGACAACACAGUUCUCCAUUGUUGUAUACUUGUAGUCUGUCUUAUGAAAUUCCUAGGAGCAAAUUGCCUACAACAUCCUUCAAUUGUGCUGGCCUGCUGGAUAGAAUUUGAAGCCAAAACACAAGUUUGCGGCGGUCAUUUAUAUGAUUAUAUAACGAGGUCCCCUGUAGUCCUCAGUGAUGCUAGAUGCAAAAUAAUAACCAACUGAUGUGUAACAUUGUUCUUGGAGAAGUUUUCAUAUGUUCUGGCUCCCAUAUGUAUUUUUCCUGCAGCUGCGACUGACGAGCUCACUAUGCCAAUGAAUGUGAUAUGAGUUUAUGUCAA